AAUGACAACAUCAAAGGAAUUAAAUUUGGCCAGAAAAAGUCUUGUUGCAUCGCUUGGUGAAAAUGCAAAAGUGUACUUUGAAAAGAUGAAGCUUUGGUUUCAAAUGAAGACAACAAAAGAAGAAUUUGACUGUGAAGCAAGAAAUAUUAUGUCGGAAGACCAAGUUCAUCUACAUAAUGAAUUUCUUCUUUGUUUAUUCAAUAAAGUUAGAGGCUUAGCAGCUGCAACACCUACUCGCAAGAUAGAUAGAGAUAAAACUAUAAAAGAAAAGCGGUUAAGAUUAAAACGCAAAUAUAAAACUGAUAAAUCAAACUUUGAGCCUGCAGAUAUAUAUGUUGAAGUAUUGAGUCAAACUUCAUCACCUGUUGGAGAUGAACCUAUUGGAGCAAAUCGUUCUAGUGCUCAAGAACUUGUGCUGCCAGAUAGAACUUUUGUUUUAGCAAGGCUAAUGCUUGCAGCAUGGGAAAACAAUAUGGACGGAGCAGAAGAGAAUACAGCACAUAUAGUUAUAGCAGCUACACAAAUUUUUUUGAAAAAUAUACUUACAGCAAUAUUUACAAGAAGAAAAGGGUAUGCUGUUAGAGAUGGUUCAUUCAUUUAUAACAUUGGAGAACCAGUACCUAGUUCAUGGAAAAGAAAUUCCACUCAUAUAUUACGUUCAUCAGACCACAUUGUAACAGAGAUAGUAGAUCCUUAUGGUCAAGUACCUAUAAUAAAACCAAAUAUUGGAGAAGCAGAACAUGCUACAGCUUUUGCUUAUGCAUGCUCUCCACAAACUAUUCCACCUCCAUUAAAACCUGUUAAUACCGCUGAUUUACAGCAUACAUUAAAGAUGUACAAAAAUCUUGUUAGUAAUCACACUAUUUAUGCAACUAAUAUGGAACGUUUAUUUAUGUAUGCGACACAUCCAACAUGGGAAGAUCUUGAAGCCAAGAAAUUAUCAUUGCACCAAUCCACAAUGUAA